AUGAGAGCUGAUGCAGAACGACGUAUGAGUCUGCUGAAAGAACCUGUUAAGGGCGUGAACGCCCUACUCGAUGAUUUACACGACUUGAACAUCUUAAACGAUGAAGGCAUGAACCUCGAUCAGUUCCAAGCCUGGUUCCGUAAGAACCCUGAGAACCUAUUCGAGUCAAUGGUGAGUAUCAUCAACCAGUUCAGAGAAACCAAGGAGACUUCCGAUGAGGUCGUCCUUCGCCUCCAAGAGGAAAAUACUACCCUGAAGAAUGCUAUCGAAUUCUCUCGCUCAGAGAUCACUGACUUAGAGGCAUCUCUACUCCGCGUGGCACGCUAUAAAAGCCCUGACCUCCGUCGUGACGAGACCCCAGGAACUAAAACUUUAGAGAGCACCAGAGCUCGCGGAGGCAAGAGAACUGCAAAGCUAUGCGACCCACCGCUGUUUACCGGAGCAGACGCGAGGCACUAA